CCGUUCAUAUCAAGAUUUGCCAAUUUGAUAUACAUGAUUCGCUUGUUCUUAAAUUAUUGGAUUGCCGUUAAUUGAUGUGAAUCUCACAUAAUAAAUCUUAUAUCGAUGGUAUUUUGUUGUCACUGACUCAACUGAUGCAUGCAUAAUCAUGCACUUGCGAAAGCAUGAAUCACGUCUAGGGCUCUAAAUUCAACCCUCCAAUAAUCACACACUUCGGACAAGACAACCCAAAAACUGGAAUUUUCCUGCAGCAGCGCUUUACUCAACAAUCACGUUUCCUCUCUCAUUUUUCUUAAUCAACUUUUGACAGAUGGAAUCAAACUCCACCACACACACUUCAAGGAAUGCUUUGUUAUCAUUUGUUGUCUGCAGAUGAUUUAACCAAUGUCCAAGAUUUCAUAAUUCUUCUUUAUAUAAGCUGCUUCAGUUCAACUAUCCAUGUGGGGAAGUUGGAGUUAAAAGCGCAUCAAUGGUGAUAUAUGAGUUGUGAUCCUUGUACAAGUCAUUUUGACAUCAGGUAGAACAACAUCAUGGAAGUUUUUUCGAGGUCUUCGCGAGCUGAAGACGAUGAAGAAGCUCUGAAAUGGGCUGCGCUUGAAAGGCUGCCUACUUGUUUACGUGUUGGAAGAGGCUUAUUCAUUGAUGGUGAGGGACAAGCUAGAGAGGUUGAUGUGGAGAAUCUUGGCUUGUUGGAGAGAAAGACUUUGUUGGAAAGGCUGGUGAGCAAUGCAGAGAAAGAUAAUGAGAAGUUCUUGUUGAAGCUCAAGAACCGCAUUGAUCGAGUUGGUCUUAAUGUGCCAACAAUUGAAGUCCGGUUCGAGCAUCUGACUGUGGAGGCAAAAGUUUAUAUUGGCAGCAGAGCACUGCCUACGUUACUCAACUUUUCAAUCAACAUGUUGCAGGGAAUGCUACAUGAUCUUCGAAUUUUUCCGAGUAGAAAGAUGCCUCUAAAAAUCCUUCAAAACAUUAGUGGAAUCAUCAAGCCUCAAAGAAUGACUUUACUCUUAGGUCCCCCAAGCUCUGGAAAAACCACGUUACUAUUGGCGUUGGCCGGAAGACUUGGUAGAGAUUUAAAUUCUUCCGGGCGGAUUACAUAUAACGGACAUGGGAUGGAAGAAUUUGUACCUCAGAGAACAUCGGCUUAUGUAAGUCAAAACGAUCUCCAUAUAGGAGAGCUGACAGUGAAAGAGACAUUUGCUUUCUCGGCUAGAUGUCAAGGAGUUGGAUCAAAUUGCGACAUGUUGGUGGAACUGUGUAGAAGAGAGAAGGAGCAAAAUAUCAAGCCUGAUCCUGACAUUGACAUAUACCUGAAGGCAGCGGCUCUAGAAGGGCAGGAGACUAAUGUAGUUACUGAUUACAUUCUCAAGAUUCUCGGACUUGAAGUCUGUGCCAAUACUAUGGUGGGAGAUGAUAUGGUAAGAGGCAUCUCUGGUGGAGAAAGAAAGCGAGUCACCAUAGGGGAGAUGCUUGUUGGACCGGUAAAAGCUCUCUUCAUGGAUGAGAUUUCAACCGGCUUGGACAGUUCGACAACUUUCCAAAUAGUAAAUUCAAUCAGGCAAUCCAUCCACAUUCUAAGUGGAACUGCAGUGGUCUCCCUCCUCCAGCCAGCCCCUGAAACUUAUAACCUCUUUGAUGACAUAAUUCUUCUAUCAGAUGGACAAAUCGUGUAUCAGGGUCCGCGUGAAAAUGUGCUCGAGUUUUUUGAAUCCAUGGGCUUCAUAUGUCCGGAGAGAAAAGGAGUUGCUGACUUCUUGCAAGAGGUGACAUCAAAGAAGGAUCAAGAGCAGUACUGGGCACGUCGAGACAAGCCUUACAGAUUUGUUACUGUCAAUGAGUUUGUCGAAGCUUUCCAGUCAUUUCCAAUUGGUCAGAAACUCGGCGACGAGCUUGCUACUCCCUUCGACAAGUCCAGAAGUCAUCGUGCUGCUUUAUCAUCUAAAAGGUAUGGCGUUAACAAGAAGGAGUUGUUCCGAGCAUGCGUUUCAAGAGAGUUCUUGCUCAUGAAGAGGAACUCAUUUGCCUACGUUUUCAAACUUGCCCUACUUAGUAUCUUAGCUUCUAUAACAUCAUCGAUAUUUCUACGAAUCAAGAUGCAUAAGGACUCAGUGGUGGAUGGUGGAGUUUACAUGGGAGCUUUGUUCUUCGCAGUCAUUGUAGCGAUGUUUAACGGAAUAUCAGAACUCAACAUGGCAAUUAUGAAACUUCCUGUCUUUUACAAGCAGAGAGACCUUCUCUUCUUUCCUUCCUGGGCUUACUCACUUCCUGCAUGGAUCCUCAAGAUCCCAAUCAGUUUGGGCGAAAGUGCCAUUUGGGUUGUCAUUACUUAUUAUGCGAUAGGAUUUGAUCCAUAUGUUGAAAGGUUCUUCAAGCAGUACAUUGUACUCUUGUGCAUAAACCAGAUGGCGUCUGGGCUGUUCAGGUUGAUAGCAGCCUUAGGAAGGGAUGUAACAGUUGCAAGCACAACAGGAUCCUUUGCACUGCUUAUAAUUAUGGUUUUGGGCGGAUUCGUCUUAUCUCGAGAUGCUGUUCCAAAAUGGUGGCUGUGGGGUUACUGGGUCUCGCCAUUGAUGUAUGGACAAAAUGCUAUUACUGUGAAUGAAUUUCUUGGAAAGAGUUGGAGACAAGUUCCACCGAAUUCUACAGAAUCCUUGGGAGUUCUGAUCCUGAAGUCUCAUGGAAUUUUCCCAGAAGCAAAAUUGUUUUGGAUUGGAGUAGCAGCAUUGAUUGGAUAUAUUUUUCUAUUCAAUCUCCUCCUUACUUUGGCUCUGCAGUAUCUUGAUCCACUCGGGAAGCCUCAGACAAUACUAACCAAAGAAAGCAUGGCUGAGAGAAAUUUUAGCAGAAAUGGAGAGUUCAUUGAGCUAAUACCAAGGGGAAAUAUCUCUUCUGAAUCCGAAAGGGUGGGAAGAACUGAUGAAGCUAAUGGAAAAAGGAAGCGAGGGAUGGUUCUUCCUUUUCAACCCCUUUCCCUCACUUUCAAUGAGAUCAGAUAUGCCAUAGAUAUGCCACAAGAAAUGAAAGCGGAGGGUGUUCAGGAGGAUCAGCUUGAACUUCUGAAGGGUGUAAGUGGUGCUUUUAGGCCAGGAGUCUUAACAGCUUUAAUGGGAGUCAGUGGUGCUGGCAAGACCACUCUAAUGGAUGUGUUGGCUGGAAGGAAAACUGGUGGACAUAUCAAGGGAAACAUCACGAUCUCUGGCUAUCCUAAAAGGCAACAAACAUUCGCUCGCAUAUCUGGAUACUGUGAGCAAACUGAUAUCCACUCCCCCCAUGUGACAGUCUAUGAAUCUCUACUUUUUUCUGCGUGGCUCCGGCUACUACCUGAGGUUGAUUCUGCAACAAGAGAGAUGUUUAUCGAGGAAGUCAUGGAACUUGUGGAGCUGACUUCAUUCAGGGGAGCUCUUGUGGGAUUACCUGGUGUAACCGGUCUUUCAACUGAGCAGCGCAAAAGGCUAACAAUCGCGGUUGAGCUCGUUGCAAAUCCAUCGAUAAUCUUCAUGGACGAACCAACAUCUGGCCUCGAUGCUAGGGCAGCAGCGAUUGUGAUGAGAACAGUGAGGAACACAGUGGACACCGGAAGAACCGUGGUUUGUACCAUCCACCAGCCAAGCAUAGAUAUAUUCGAUGCUUUCGAUGAGCUUCUUCUUCUGAAAUUGGGAGGUGAGCAAAUAUAUGCCGGUCCAUUAGGCUCCCAUUGCUCCAUUCUGAUCAAUUAUUUUGAGGGAAUCAAUGGAGUUCCAAAGAUUAAAGAUGGAUAUAACCCGGCAACCUGGAUGCUGGAGGUUACUUCAGCCGCACAAGAGGCAGCUCUUGGUGUUAACUUCACAGAUGCGUACAAUAACUCGGAAAUAUAUAAGAGAACCAAAGCAAUGAUUGAGGAAUUAAACACACCUCCCUUGGGUUCUCAAGAUCUAUACUUCCCUACUCGCUACUCACGAUCUUUUCUCACCCAAUGUAUGGCUUGCCUGUGGAAACAGCACUGGUCAUAUUGGCGAAACCCAUCAUAUAGUGCAGUAAGGCUGUUGUUCACAACGUUCAUUGCUUUAUUAUUCGGUUUGAUAUUCUGGAACCUUGGAUCAAAAAGGAGUAAGCAGCAAGAUCUCUUUAAUGCAAUGGGUUCCAUGUACGCUGCUGUUAUCUUUAUCGGGGUACAAAAUGGUGCCUCAGUGCAGCCGGUUGUGGCUGUUGAGAGAACGGUCUUUUACAGAGAAAGAGCAGCUGGAAUGUAUUCCGCUUUGCCAUACGCAUUUGGGCAGAUGAUGAUUGAGGUUCCCUACAUCUUCAUUCAGACCGUUAUUUACGGAGCUAUAGUAUACGCCAUGAUGGGAUUCGAUUGGAUAGCGGCCAAGUUCUUAUGGUAUCUUUUCUUCAUGUUCUUCACCUUGCUGUACUUCACAUUCUAUGGCAUGAUGACCAUGGCUCUCACUCCCAACCACAACAUUGCUGCCAUAACUUCAUCUACCUUCUACGCAAUCUGGAACCUCUUCUCGGGAUUUGUUGUUCCCCCAACGAGGAUUCCGAUAUGGUGGAAAUGGUACUAUUGGGUCUGCCCUGUUGCCUGGACCUUGUAUGGAAUGGUUGCUUCGCAAUUUGGAGACGUAAAGGAGAAACUGGAGUCAGGAGAAUCGGUAGAGCAUUUUUUGAGAAGUUACUUCGGAUACAAGCAUGAGUUUCUGGGCAUCGUAGCAGUUGUGAUUGUUGGGUUUUCAUUGCUGUUUGGCUUCAUCUUUGCCUAUGCAAUUAGAGCAUUUAAUUUCCAAAAAAGAUGAGAGAUGUUACACAAAGAAAUAUCUAUGACUCUAAUUAGUUUGUAGGAAGCAGAUAGCAUUUGUCACUUCGAUUGUACCAUUCAUCCAUCACUGUUAUAUAUUGUAAUAUUAUUGGGAUUUUUUUUUA